GGUGGGUGAAUCUUUUAAUUUUCAUUGGCUUUACCCGUCACGUACAAGUACAUGCAUCAGCUUGCAUAUCGUAAAUCGGAAUCAUGCAUCUCUGUCUCUUACCCCCAGAAAUUCUACUUCAAAUUUUUUCUAUUGGUGAAUUCUACCAUCCAAUAUGCUCUCAUGCUACACUGGCAUCUCUCGCAAGGACUUUUAGGACACUCAAGGAGCCUGCUCUUGAUAUCCUUUGGAUAAACAUAGUCGGGUUUAAGCCACUCAUCGCAUGCCUGCCUGAAUGUGUCACAAACACAGACAUCCGAGGAAGGUUGACGCUCGAAAGACCUCGCUUAAAUGGAGAGUGCAGGCUUCUUGGUCGAUAUACACAACGUAUCCGCUCCUUGACGGUCUUCCACGAACAUUUAAACAGCAUAGACGGUCAGAUCAUGCAAGCAUUCAUUUCUGUGCCUUCACCCACACCGCUGUUACCGAACCUUCGUUAUUUGGGUUGGUGGGAUGACCGAGAAUGCUUCUUUCCAUUGUUAUGCACCUUCUUUGGGUCAACUAUCACAUCUGUGAGGUUGGACUUUACUACAAGAGCCCCAUCGUUUGCCAAAUCUGCUUUGGUGGCUUCCAUCGGAGAUCGUUGUCCAUCCAUUCAGGAACUCCAUUGUGAAUAUGGUGGUGAUUCUCAAGAAAGUUCAGAUGCAAUUUGCGAAGCUCUGCGUGGCUUGCGGGAGCUUUUCCGACUUCGCAUAGGGGUUUUUAAUGCACAAACGCUGCUUCGCCUGGCUUCUUUAUCGUCAUUGAAGUUCCUGUCCCUCAACCUGAGGGCGUACAAUGUCAACCACACGCACUCCGAUUCCACUCCAACAUCUUCCUCCCAAUUCGAAGAAGUAUACAUCACCUCACCGUCACCUUUCGUUCUCACUCACUGUCUCAGAAAUAUCCGGUUUCUCUCCUGCCGAUCAGUGAAUUUGAGCAUCGAUUACAAUGAAUUUUUUCAACCAUAUGAUCCAAUGGAUAUCCCAGACCUCAUUGUCUCCGUCUCGGAGUGCUUUCCUCCUACUCUUGAGAAACUCCGUUUCAACUUCGACACCAGUCACAACGACAUGGAAGAACAUACUCUUGCUGACCCCAGCUUUGCACUUGGCUUUGACGUGGUUGCCCCAAUGCUGUCUUUUCGUCACCUAAAGCACUUAGACCUCGAUUGGAUCUGCACUUCGGCGAUCGACGAUACCUCACUCAAGGAAAUGGCACAAUCCUGGCCUCAGCUCGAACAUUUCUUGUUUGGAAGCGAGGCUGGUUGGUUGAUCCCGCCAUCUCUUACCUUCAUCGGACUCGUCCACCUCAUACAUCAUUGCCCACUCUUGCGUAAUAUUGCAAUGCGCUUUAGUGCAUGUCCAGUUGACGUCAACAGCGCACCAUUCUCUAAUACCAACCCGAGCGAGAAGAUCCGCGAACUUUUUGUGGGGACCUCUCCAAUCGUCGAUCCCGUCGCCGUGGCCUCUCAAAUACACAAAUUGAUGCCCAAAUUGUUCACCGUGGGCUUCUACGACUGGGAUGUUGCUGGGUUUUUCGCGCCGUCGCCGUUUGUACAAUUCGAGGCUGAUUGGAGUAGAGUGAAUGAUUUCCUGCGAUAACGAAGUCCAAUGACCCAACUUGGCAGGAGGCGCUAUCGCGUUUCUGGGCCUUCUUUCUUUUCUCGGGUUGAUGAUUAUUGACAUUGGCUGGCUUGUGUUUCGCAGAAUUCACUUCCGCGUCGAGGACUGGCAACUAUAUGUAACUAGUAUGUCAAUAUUUUAUUAGGAAUAAGAUAAAACUGACUCGGACUCAUGGCUUUUCC